UGUACACCUGAAUCUGAAUGUGAUUGUGAAACGGCUCAAAUCAACAAUUUUGGAAAUCCCCCCAUCUACGCCCUCUCUAGUCUCUGCCGUCAUAAUUCAAUUACCAAUUCCAUAUCCCAUUCUGAACAUUUUUCCCGCUAACCUUUUUCUCUUUUUCCUGCUCAAAUUUCUCAGUGUUCAUAGCAUUGAAGUUUCGGCUUGAUUUCAGUAAGUUUUGCUUUAUUGAUUGCGUCGUGCUGUGCUUAUCCUGGCAGAUUUUCAAUGAUUCAAAUAAAUGCAACCUAAUUGCAUUGAAUCAAUAUUUGAAUACAUCACUCUUGAUUGGACAAUUGAAUCCCUUGUUUGAAAUGAAAUUUAAAUUGCCAAAUGCAACCUGAAUUAAUGCUUACAAGGAAGUUGCGUUGAAGCUAAACGGGAAGAAUUGGAUGACUGGGAAUUAGAUGUUUAUGUUGCACUGAUAUUAGUAAGGAGAUUAUAAAGGGCAUUAAGAGCAUGUUGGUUUCGCAGUUGUUUUCCAGCCAUUGUAUGCUUAUAUGGCGGAAGAUAAUGUCGCUGGACUUUAGAACUCAUAUUUAACACAUGUUAUGUAUCCUAGUGUUGGUUUUAUAUUGGGCAUGGAAAUCCUUAUUUUAGUUGAGAAGUCGGUGGCAAACUGUCCUCGGGUCGAGUGUCAAGGAUCGUAGAUGGGUACUAAUUAAUAUGAAGAGUUAAAUCAUUGAAGUGCAAAACUGUGUUUGUAAUGCAUUUCAAACCAUUCAUAUCGAAACGGCUGGAUACUGGAUUGUGGGAAUUUGGACUUUUUUCAAAGCUCAUAGCAUGCUGGUUAGAAGGUGAAAGGAGUCAUUAAGUUUCUACUGGCUGGAUAUAGGAAAUAGAUUGUUAGAUGAGUACACUCUUGAAAUAGAGCAGGAAUCGGCUACUAAGAAAAUCUAGGAUGGAGCAGAAUGUCACUAAAAGAUCUUUAUUUCAACAGCAACACUUUGGUACACUGAACGGCAGUGGUGCUCAUGUUGAAGAGGGUCCAUCAGAAAGAGGGUGUCCCAGGAGUUGGACAGUUAGUGAUGCUUUGAGGCAAGAGAAGGCUCAAAUUCCCACAACUCGUGACAACUUUCGAGGCACAUGUGCCUGGGGAGCAUCCCGUAAAUAUGAGCAUUCUAAUUCUGUUGAACAUGAUGGAGCCAGGUUCUAUCAGAAUGGGUGUGGAAGGGUCGCUGCUGUUCCAAAUCCAGGAAACUCCCAAUAUGGAGAAAAUCAAGAUAUGGAUUUUACAACUGGGUUUUCAUCUGAUGGCUUCAGGAGCAGCACUCCUCGCUGCAAAUUUCAGAGGGGGUUGUAUUUGCACCCUGAAUCUAUUAGGUAUGAUAGACCCACAUAUGAUUCAAGAGUAGGACAUCAAGUAGAUGGAGCUGUUGGAGUUUCUGGUUUCGGUGAAGGAAUCAGGAACAACACUUCAGGACAACGCCGCAUCAGAUCACCUUGUCGCAAUUUCCUCCGAGGUCAAUGCAAUUUUGGAUCAUGUUGCAAAUUGUGGCACCCAGUAAAUUCAUAUGUUGGUUCCAGGUGUGAUUUCAGUUCUCAACACCAUCAAAGAGUUGCAGAUCCUUUAAAUAAUCCAGGGUGUGGUGAGGGUCAUCGAGAUGUCACUUUGAGAACAUCUCAAGGGCAUUAUGAAUCUAAUAUGCACAAUCAUUCGAGGAACAUGGGUUUUUCCGGAGAACCCAGUUGGAGAUUACCUGGCGGUAAUUUUCUCAGUAGCACAUGUUAUAGUGAACAGUCUUAUUUGCAUUUGCAGCCUGUUGCUGUACGAGAGGUAUGUCUACAAUUUACCAAGGGCAGGUGCACCUUUGGUGCUUCAUGCAGAUAUCUUCAUGGAUACCCUGUCUAUGCUAGUACUGAUAGGAUUAACAAGCCCACAGAGGCUGCUGGAGAUUACUGGAAUUCUGCAUUUGUAAAUCAAUAUACGAAUACAGUGAUUACUCGAGAAAAUCAAGGUGUCAAGAACUCUGAUAAUUUGUCAGGUGAAAGCAAGAAUACUGUAAGCUGUGACAAGGAAAGCAAAGGGUUGUCUGUAAACAAUGCUAUAGAAUUGGACAUUCUUGAUCAGAAUGCUGAUUUGACUAAAUUAGAAACGGAUGGAAAUGCUAAUGUGACUAGCAAUUUGGUUUGCAAGAGCGAUGAACAUACUGCAGAACUGAUGCCAGUGAUAAAUACCUGUUGUAGCAAAAAGAAGAGAAAAUGGGGUCACGAAGUAGGUUAUCAUGAAGAUGACAUGAAGGAAUUUUCUAAUGCCCCCAAACAUAAGAUGCCAAAUUCUUUGAGUAACAACAAUAUUCUCUCUGUAUCUUGCAUUCCAAUUGAUAUAAAGACAAAUGCAUCUACAAAUAAUGAUUUGGAGAAUAUGCUCAUGUAUGACCAUCCAACCAAUCCACUAGAAAAUGGAAUGACUAAUGGAAUUUGCAAAAUAGUGGAGUCUGCACAAGCUACUACAGAAGAUGACACUUCACUUGUUGGUAAUAUUGAUAAUCACUCAUUGCAAGCAUUACAAGUUAUACCAAAACCAAUUCUACCCCUUUCUAGAAGAAAGCUUCUUGUCCUUGAUUUGAAUGGGAUAUUGGUUGAUAUUGUUGCAUCAUGUCAUUUUAAAUAUAAGCCAGACAUAACUGUUGCAUCUAAAGGAGUCUUCAAACGGCCUUUCUGUGAUGAUUUUUUACAGUUCUGCUUUGAAAAAUUCGAUGUGGGUAUUUGGUCAUCAAGAACCAAGAAAAAUUUGACAUUAGUAGUGAACUUUCUUUUGAAAGAUAAACAGAAAAGAUUACGUUUUUGCUGGGAUCAGUCUCAUUGUACUGGUACAAGGUACAAAACUCUCGAAAAUAGGAAAAAGCCUCUUGUUCUAAAGGAACUUAAAUAUCUAUGGGAUAACGUGAGGAAAGGUCUUCCUUGGAAAAAGGGGUUUUACAAUGAAACCAAUACUGUAUUAUUGGAUGAUUCACCAUACAAGGCUUUACGAAAUCCUCUCUACACAGCAAUAUUUCCAUAUCCGUACUCAUUCAAGGAUGCUCGAGACAAAUCACUAGGACCUGGUGGUGAUCUUCGAACGUAUCUUGAAAGGCUGGCAGAAGCUGAGGAUGUCCAAAAAUUUAUUCAGGAAAAUCCAUUUGGUCAAAAGCCUAUCACCGAGGAAAACCCGUCUUGGACCUUUUAUGCAAAAAUUGUUGGAGCUUAUGAUGCAAACAAAAAAAGAAAGUGCUAAUACAACUACUCCUGUUUCAUUGCACUGUUGAGGAGGUUGUCGUCUCUAACCACCGCUUGUGGAUGCAGAAUGCUUGAAAAGCUAGAUUCUUUGUUAAUUUGCUGAAAAUGCUACAGCUUCAAACAAGGACCAACCAGGAUUUUCAAUUAGGGGUUAGAUAAAUAUGAUAACAAAUUAUUUGUAUAAAAAUUACUUUAAAUUAUAAAAAUUUUAAUAUCAUAUAAAUUGAAGUGAACUUAAUGAUAGCAAAAAAAAUCAUUUUCAUUAUGUGGAGUUAAAGCUUUUCUAUUAUCAUGGCUUUUGGAAAUAUAAGAUCAAGUCUAUUUGACUUUUUAUGGCCUAGUAAGUUUGAAAACUAAACAUUAUUAAAAUUAAAAUAGAAAAGUAUAAAAAAAUUAAAUAGGAGUAUAAAAUUAUGAAAGAAAAGAGAAUUUAAAUGUCUGAUCUAAUCAUUGAGCUAUAAUUGUUAUUGUGAAUAUUUUUUAUUCACUUUGGGUUAAAGCUAAAAAAAUCCUGGAUUGCGAAAGAUUGAAAUAAAUAAGAUUAUUUAGCAUUUUAAUUCCAAGUAUAAGAUUGGGAUAAACUUAUGUCCCAAAAUAAGCUUCCGUACGUCCAAGCCUAGCCUCGGGUAAGUUG